AAUAAAAAAAGGAGAGGGUUUUGGGGAUUCCUUCACCGACCCACAAAACCCUAGCGUCCGUCCGUACGAACCGCCACCUCCGCCGCCGGAUCGGUUGAUUUCCGGUGAUUUUGGGCCUCAGAUCUGCUGGUUUGAGUGAAGGAUCGAGGGAUUUGAGCUCAGAUCCGUUGCAUUUCUUUUUCUUUCAGUUGAUUUUGAGAGAUGGAGGAUGUGAAGCCGGGGAUUUCGUCGCGUUCGGAUGAGGGGGGCGCGAUUGAAGCUCGAUUUUCUGAUCUCUGCAAGAACGAUUUGGGGCUUGAUGAGAGCGCAAUGAGGCAGGCGAUGGUUUUCUUCAGAGAGAGCAAACACAUUCUGAUGGCCAACAUGUCUGCGAUUGGGAGUGGAUCGCCGGAAGAGGUGGAGAGGUUUUGGGGCGCCUUUGUGGUGUACUGUGUGACAAGGCUGACCAGGGGAAGGGCAACAAAAGAAAAUGAAGAAAAUGGGGUUCCUUUGUGUCAGAUUUUGAGGGCCUUCAAGCUUAACGUUGUGGAUUUCUUUAAAGAAAUACCUCAGCUUGCUCUGAAGGCUGGUUACAUUCUAAGCGGGCUUUAUGGUUCGGAUUGGGAAAAGAGGCUUGAGUUGAAGGAGCUACAGGCAAAUUUUGUCCAUUUAAGUCUUCUUAGCAGGUACUACAAACGUGCUUAUCAAGAGUUCUUUAAGUGCAAUUCAGGGAGCGUUCAGCAUUCUGCAGUCUCCUCUAGUACAGGUUAUGUUUCUGAUUACCAUAGAUUUGGAUGGUUACUGUUCUUAGCUCUGCGGCUUCAUGCAUUCGGUCGUUUCAAAGAUUUGGUUACGUGCACCAAUGGAUUAGUGUCAAUAUUGGCUGUACUUAUUCUUCACGUUCCCAUACAACUUAGGAAUUUCAAGAUCCGAGAUUCCCCUCUUCUAGCUAAAAAAUCAGACAAGGGUAUCAACCUUCUGGCUUCUCUAUGUAACAUAUAUCAGACAUCAGAAGAUGAGGUCAAAAGCACAAUGGAAAAAGUUAACAAUAUAAUUGUGAAUAUUUUAAAAAAGGAGCCUUGUCCAGCUUCAGAGUGCAAGUCGGAAAAUCUGGAUUUCAUCGUACCAGAUGGCCUGAUGUAUUUUGAGGAUCUUCUAGAGGAGACCUAUUUGAACUCAAGUUUAUAUAUUUUGGAAAAAGACUAUGAAAAUGCAAUCCACAUGAGAGGAGAGCUAGAUGAGAGAAUGUUUAUUGAUGAGAAUGACAGCGUACUUGGCAGUGGAAGUUUAUCUGGAGGUGCCAUCAACAUGUGCAGCAGAAAGCCAAAUUCUAUUGCUAUAGGUUCGCCUGCAAAGACACCACUGCAAUUUCCUACCUCACCUGUAAAUGGCAAUCAUGUAGGAAACUCUAUCACUGCUAUCAGUACACCAGUGAGCGCAGCCAUGACAACUGCAAAAUGGCUACGUGAUGUCAUUUCACCACUUCCUUCAAAACCUUCAUCAGAGCUUCAGUGUUUCCUUUCAGCAUGUGACAAGGAUCUCACUGCUGAUGUUACAAGGAGGGCCACUAUUAUACUAGCAGCCAUUUUCCCGAGCAGCACUUUUGAACGAAGCAUGCCUGGGAGUUUGCAGUCAGCUAACCUGAUGGACAGUAUAUGGGCAGAGCAGAGGAAAAUGGAGGCUAUGAAGUUAUACUUUAGGGUUUUGGAGGCAAUGUGCAGGGCAGAGUCACAAGUAUUGAAUUGUAAGAACCUCACUUCAUUAUUGACCAAUGAGAGGUUUCAUCGUUGCAUGCUUGCUUGUUCAGCUGAACUAGUUUUAGCUACACACAAGACUGUCACUAUGAUGUUUCCUGCUGUUCUGGAGAGAACUGGUAUAACUGCUUUUGAUCUAAGCAAAGUGAUAGAGAGUUUUGUCAGACAUGAAGAAACUCUUCCCAGGGAGUUGAAACGACACCUAAAUUCUUUGGAGGAGCGACUUCUGGAAAGCAUGACCUGGGAAAAAGGCUCAUCCAUGUACAAUUCGUUAAUUGUAGCAAGGCCAGCUCUAUCAGCAGAGAUAAACCGUUUGGGACUAUUAGCAGAACCUAUGCCAUCCCUUGAUUUUAUGGUAGCACAUUAUAACAUUUCUGGUGGGGGUUUACCACCUCUCCCUACUCGCAAGCGGGAGGUCUUGGCAGAUCAGAAUGGAGAUCCUCAGACUCCUAAGAGGCAUUGCAGCGAAAGUAAUAGUGUGUUGGUAGAGCGUAAUACUUUUACUUCACCUGUUAAGGAACGCCUAUUGAGUGCUAGUGGCCUCAAAAUGAAGUUACCACCUCUUCAAUCUGCUUUUGCUAGCCCUACACGGCCAAAUCCUGCAGCAGGAGGAGAAACUUGUGCGGAGACAGGGAUAAAUAUUUUCUUUAGCAAGAUUGUAAAGCUGGCUGCUAUUAGAAUCAGAAGUUUAUCUGAAAGACUGCAAUUAUCUCAGCAAAUUUUGGAGCGUAUCUACAGUCUCAUCCAAAGAAUUCUGAGUCAACGCACUGCUCUUUUUUUCAAUCGGCACAUUGAUCAGCUUAUUCUCUGCUGUUUCUAUGGUGUAGCCAAGAUUUCUCAAUUAAGUCUGACCUUCAAGGAGAUCAUUUAUCACUACAGAAAGCAACCUCAGUGUAAAUCUCAAGUUUUCCGCAGUGUAUUUGUUAGUUGGCCAUCCACAAGCCGAAAUGGAAAAGUGGGGCAAGAUCAUAUUGAUAUAAUUACCUUUUACAAUGAGAUAUUUAUUCCUACUGUCAAGCCUUUGUUGGUGGAGUUAGCAUCAACUGGAGUUACUCAAGAAGACAACAGAAGUACCACUGAAGAUAAAAAUGAUAAUGAUGGUCAAUUACCAGGAUCACCUCGAUUUCCUCCUUUUCCAAAUCUCCCUGAUAUGUCUCCUAAGAAAGUUUCUGCUUCACAUAAUGUCUAUGUCUCUCCUUUGCGGUCAUCAAAGAUGGAUUCUUUACGUUCGCCGAGCUCCAAGAGUUAUUAUGCUUGUGUUGGUGAGAGCACUCAUGCCUUUCAGAGCCCUUCCAAGGACCUAACUGCCAUCAAUAACCGGUUAAACAGUGUUAGAAAGAUUAAUGGCAGGCUCAACUUCGAUUUGGUAAGAGAUUCAGUUGUAGCUGGAAGCCUUGACCCUAGCAGUGAUACGUCUUCACCUGUGUCAGCGGCUCCUUUGAAGGUUUUAGUGAAGUGUGAACAGCCGGAGUCCUAACCGCGAUCCAAACGGUUAUUUAAAUCCUUUGUAUCUAACCUAAGUUAAUCCCCAUCUCCUUUCAGUUUGUAACUUAAUGGGAUGAAGAAAAUGUACAUGAGUGUCGUGAAAAGUAGAAUUAUAUUCCAGCUGCAUCCCUCUGUAUAGCGAGCAAAUCCGCACUUGACUAACUUAAUAAAGUUAACUAUUCUGUAGCC